CGAAUGGAGAACUCAUCGAUAAUCAGCUCAAGGAGCGACGCCCAGCUCAUGUAGAAACGGCGCUCAAGUGUUCCACUAACUCCAUUUUGACAUGCACGCGGUGCUCACAGAUCAUUAAAAGCGCGAUCAACAUCAAGCUGGACAGUCAGGUACCCAUAAUCCCUUGACACAACAUGACAAUUGAAUCAAGAAGCAUUCGAGGACACGUCGUUGUUGGUGUUCUGCCCGCUUGGGGGCAUGCAAAGAGCUCUUGCGCACUGCUUUCGACGUUGGUUCGCUAUCGACCUGUUCUUGGGACGAUAAUUAUCGCCUCGUUCUUAACCGAGAAAAUCGAAAGAGAACUCGAUGCACAAUUCUUGCCAGAGGUUGAAGAUGAUCUACGGAGGCUCAUAAGGGUUGUUGGUGUGGAAAUCGGACCCAACCUUUUCGACACUACCAUGUAUAAUGCAAACUUCAUGAAAGAAUAUGAGAAACUCCUUAAUGGCAAGCAUGCAGAAACCGAGAGCGGAUAUGCAGUCGAUACGGUCGAGCCAGGACCUCCUCAACUCGUUAUUCUUGACUUCUUCUUGUACAGUACUCUGAAAAGUAUCAGGGUUGUCCAUUCCGUUCCAAUCUAUGCAUUGCAAUCUGGCCUAGCUUCAGCAAUGCUUUUCAAGUUCGGGCCUGAAGGGGCUCACACCCACCUCGCAGAAGAGAUCGAGGCAAUCCCGUAUACUGAUGAAGAUGCUAUCGCAGAGGAAGCGGAUAGGUUGAACCAGAGAUCAACUGGAAGAGUUAUUAAGGUCCCAGGCCUCCCGCCUAUGUACGACCACGAGCGUACAACGCAAUUUGCCACCCUCCCUAAAGGCGUAGGAUUCAUAGAAUCUGUUGCUCAUAAGUUUCUGCAAGAAUGUGAUGGUGCGAUUAUGAAUACAAAUCGAAUUUACGAGGCCGCAGGAAUCAAGGCAUUCGAAGAUUGGUUUACCGGAAGGCCCGUCAUUAGCACUGGACCGUUUGAAUCUCCUCUCAUCCCGCGGCAUGAAGUUGAACAAAAUAGCAAUCUGGAAGCCAUGGCCUUCCUUGACUCAGCUCUACAAAAAUAUGGUCCGAAUUCGGUUGUAUAUAUGUCGUUUGGAUCCGCAUUCUGGCCCUCUGAAGUGGAGAAAACACGGGCAAUUAUAGAUCUUAUGAUCAAGGAACGGGUACCUUUCAUAUUCGCUCAUGCUUCGCCGUUUUCAGCAAUGCCGGAGGACAUGACAGAGAAAAUCAAGGCUUCCGGGUUCGGUUAUUCAUCUAAUUGGGUACCUCAGAGGGCUAUCCUCGAUCACAAAGCGUGUGGUUGGUUCAUUACUCACUGUGGACACAAUUCAAUCUUUGAGGCUCUCUCAGCUGGAGUACCCUUGAUAUGCUGGCCUUUCGCUGCGGACCAACCGUUGGCUGCUGCGAUGAUCGUCGAGGAGCACAACGUAGGCUAUGAGCUAUUCGAAGUACGCACUGGAGACGGACUGCUUCCGAUUCAUCGUCUCGGAGAUAAGGUCCCAGAAGGCACCGUUGAUUCAGUUAAGCGUGAAUUUUCAGAAACGCUUCAGAAGAUGAGAGGCCAAGAUGGAGCGGAAAAACGAGCAAACACUCAGAAGUUCCGUGAUGAAUUUGCUAAGUUAUGGGCUCCGGGAGGCGAGAAUUGGGAUGCGAUCAAGCGGGUAGCAGAUAUUAUCCAGUAGAUAUCAGCGCUAGAACUGGCGAAUGUCAUUUGGGUUUUAGUGAUAUAGAAAGGCAAAUCUUAAUGCCAUCGCUCCUGCG